UCGCAAAGCGCACUCCGGAAUCGUCUGCUACCGGCAGCGUCCGCCUGCACCCCAUGCUCCAUGGUCAAUCGCAGAUACACUGCCCCGGAAACUUUUUGGUACACUUUUUGCUGAAAGAAACAUGACGAUGUGGUCGAUACUUGCUGCGCUGUUACUCGCGACCGCUUCGUGCGCUCUUGACCCGGACUUGGAAGGUGACUACUGCCGAACCCGAGCAGACCCGUGUUGCGCUGGCCGCAUGGACGACUGUUCAGUGCCAAUACUGGGUACACUAUGCUACUGCGACCGUUUUUGUGAGCGUCCGGAAAACAGUGAUUGCUGUCCGGAUUACCUGCCCGUCUGUAGAGGGCUGACAUAUCCGACUCCACCUGCACCAGUUGUUCACAAGACCUGCCUCCACGAAGGACGUGCUUACCCUGUCGGUAGCGUAGUCAAUAUCAACUGCAACAGAUGUACCUGCAGGGAGGUAUUUCCAAAUCGGCAAGAGUUCGAGUGCUUGGACAGGCCAUGCCUCGUACGACCGGAUUUGGUGCGCGACAUUAAUGAGGGCGACUUCGGAUGGGAAGCUGCCAACUACUCUUUCUUCUACGGCAAACUUCUCGAAGAAGGCAUUCGCUACUACCUGGGAACCCACCAGCCUGAACGAGACACAGAGAAAAUGAGUGAACUCCAUCUUGUGCGCCAACAACCGCUCCCUGAUCAUUUCGACUCUCGCGUAAUGUGGCCCGGACUCAUUCAGAACAUCAGGGACCAGCUAGAAUGUGCAUCAUCGUGGGCUUUCUCCACCACAGCCGUGGCAGCCGACAGAUUGGCAGUCCAGUCCAGGGGCAGGGACUCAGUUCAACUGUCACCGCAAGACCUGCUUUCCUGCCUCGAUCCACGACAGGAACCUUGCAGCGGAGGUCACGUGGACAGGGCCUGGCGUUACCUUAUGAACUUUGGAGGAGUUGCCGAAGAUUGCUACCAGUACACGAGCGGUUACAACAAUGCUUCAACGCAGUGCUUCAUCCGCAACCGCAAGCACCCUGGCAACGAACUUGUCUGCCCCACUGGAAUCCAAGGGACGAAAUAUUUCUCCACUCCACCAUACAGGGUGCCACUAAAUGAAGAAGCCAUCAUGUUGGAAAUUCUGACCAACGGGCCAGUUCAAGCCGUGAUCCACGUACGUGAGGACCUUUUCCUGUACCAGCGAGGUGUGUACAGGCACACCAGGCUUUCCAGCCACCUGCCUCAACAGUUCCAACAAAGCGGCUGGCACUCUGUCCGCAUCAUAGGGUGGGGCGUGGACAGGGAACGUGGAAGGCCAGUCAAAUACUGGCUGUGUGCAAACUCCUGGGGAGAGAAGUGGGGAGAGAGAGGAUUCUUCCGCAUUGCACGCGGGGAGAACGAGAGCCAGGUCGAGUCGUUCGUGGUGGCCGUCUGGGGCCGCAGCUGGCCUUACUAUCGUCAGGGAGACCGCAGCGAGGGACCUGCGGGCCCCAUCAACUAAGCACCGAGGCAUGCUUAGGAAGUGUAUAAUGUCUACAGUACUUCACAAUGCCAAAUGUACUUUGCUAACCUCCAUAUCUGCUACACACAAAGGGUACCACCGACCAAUGCACAAUGAUAACUAAAGCCCAUAGCUUUCUGCGGUGGAGAAGUUAACGUUUCCGCGAAGUGGGAUUUACAAAUCUGCGUGAUUCUGUAUGAAAAAAAAAAAAAAAAAGAAAAGAAAAAAAAAGGCAGAAAAAUGUUGCAGCAUACUGCCAUGAUCGCAUGCCCGCUCAGUACGUGCACUUUCCAGCUUUUCGUAACUUUUCAGUGCACAAAGAAAAUUAUACUUAACAAUUUUUCUCCGGAGUUUCCUGUCAUUAAAUUUUCUUUCGUCGUGGCACAUUCAGCCUUGUAAGUUCCAUCAGUAUCGGUUGCUUGAGGCAUUGCAGUCACAACCGAUCUGGUUUAACUCGCGAAAACGUUGCAGAGCGAUUGAAAUCCUUACAUAAUUCUGGAAUAUACUGAAUCUUACGCGAGAAACACACAAUUCUGAGAGAAACAGCAGGUUCCGUGAGACGGGGCCAAUUCCGCAGAAAGCUAGUGGCUCUGUUGAUGGGUAUGCCGAGCAUACGAAAGCGGGACAUGAAAUGGAAUAGUAAUGAAAUGAGAGCACAUCCCUAAUGAAGCAGCACAAAAAUAGAUUGCUGCUUCGUAUGCAAGGGCACGUGGCAAGACAUAAUUACACAAUGAGACCACAUAACACGUUUCUUGUGCAGAACACAAACUUUCAUGUUUUGCACAACACAAAAUGCUGUAGUACGAGUCCUUGUUAACAAGUACCUUGUUUAUUGUGGUUAAGCUUUGCCUUCAAUCAACGUGAGUUAGGUGCGCAUAUUGCAUUUGCUGCAGAUAAUAAAAAUACCCAAUGACACAUAUAUAUAUGUAGACUAUAUGUUACUCAGAUAUGUUGCUUGUAGCAUCGCAGUAUUAUACAAUUUGUUUAUGCAUAGUUUUUUGCAAAAUCACUGCCAUUGUUCUUCUUUUUUCCUUCAACACAACUUGUAGGCAGGUGCACUGACUGUAUUUCAACAAAUAACUCAACUUACACGUACUGUGUUCAUUUAGAAAUAAAACUUUGUAUAAAAUGUG